GAAAAAUCAGUCGCGUCAAGUCGAAGAAGAGCGCAAAUCCCGCUACGCAGCCUGGUUUUCUCUGGGAUUUAUUAAAUCGCCGUUUUUUAUAAAAACAAAGGAUUUAAUAACCGUCGGGCGAGGAUAUCAGCCGUGCGAGUUUGGCGCCCCCCCCUUUAUCCCUCUUCGUUCCCGUUUCCCUCCUGCUGCAGCCCCCUCGGCCGCAGUGAGAAGCAAGUGACAUGGACGGGUUUUAUGACCAGCAGGUCCCAUUAAUGGUGCCACUCAAUAAGUCUCACAUGGAGGAACCGUCUUGUAGACCUUUCAAUGACCGAAAGAGGAAGUUUGUUGAGACUGAGCUGGCACAGGAUACAGAGGAUCUCUUUCAAGAUCUGAGCCUCCUACAAGAGAUUUGGAUUGCAGAAGCCCAGGUACCUGAUGACGAACAGUUUGUUCCAGAUUUCCAGUCGGAUAACUUGAUGUUCCAUGGACGCCCUCAAACUACAGUGAAGAGGGAACUAAGCCCAAGCAGGGGAUUUCCCCCCUGUGGACAAGACCAGAGACUCUCUCCAUAUGGAGAGAAGUGCCUAUAUAACUACAGCAAGCCACUGACUCCUCCCUCAACACCGGCAUCACCCUUUGGCUCCUCCACCAGCACAGUGACAAACCCUGCGCAAAAAAGAGCGAUGCCUUUCGCCCAAACUCCAACACAGGGACCACCACUAUUGCCUAGCCCCAACCACAACACCACCCCUCCCCAUCAGAGAAUACAGACACCACUCCACAGUCAAAGCCCACAUUUUGCUGUGCCCUGCCCACCUGUCAAUCACCCAGAUGCCUCCUAUAGCACAGACCACAGGUUCCAUCGGCAGCUUUCUGAACCUUGUCUACCAUUCCCACAAUCCGAUGGCCUUCGUCAGACUUCUUUACCCCCACAGACCCCUGGCCAUUUUCCCCAAAAUAGCCAUCCUUCUUACCACCGCCAAAUGUCGGAGCCCUUGGUCCCCAUGCCUCCUCGGGGCUUCAAAAAGGAGAUGAUUGAUCCUCGUUACAAUGAUCAAAACAUGGGACCCACUCAGGCCCAACUGUUUCACCAGUUGUCAAUCAAGCAGGAACCCAGAGACUUCGGCUUUGACUCAGAAGUACAGAACUGCCAGUCAUCAUUUGGAAAAGCGGCAAACUUUUAUGGAGGCAACAGCGAGGUUUUUGCCUAUGACAGAGAGCCCCAUCUGUAUUACGAUGAUACGUGUGUGGUUCCAGAUAGGCUGGAGGGAAAGCUAAAGCAGGAGGGUGGGGUUUUCAGGGAGGGUCCUCCAUAUCAACGAAGGGGAUCUCUGCAACUCUGGCAGUUCCUGGUCACUCUGUUGGACGACCCAUCUAACAGCCACUUCAUUGCUUGGACCGGCCGUGGGCUUGAGUUUAAACUCAUUGAACCAGAAGAGGUUGCUCGUCGUUGGGGUGUCCAGAAGAACAGGCCUGCCAUGAACUAUGACAAGCUGAGUCGCUCCCUGCGUUACUACUAUGAGAAGGGCAUCAUGCAGAAGGUUGCUGGAGAGCGAUACAUGUAUAAGUUUGUGUGUGAUCCAAAUGCACUCUUCACCAUGGCAUUCCCUGAUAACCAAAGGCCCAGUCUGAAGGCAGACCCCGAUGGCCUGCAGGUUCCUGAGGACGACACUGUUCCGCUCUCUCACUUUGAGACCAACUGUGUCCCAUAUCCAGGAGAUCGCAGAGACCAGUGCUUUGUUGGCCCAUCCUGUCCUGAAAAUUAUGCUUUCUGAACUGCUUCACAACCCCCCAAACUACCACAGAGUGGACCAGAAGAACUCUAAAAUACAUACUCGCCCUCCAAAAGCAGCUCAAUGUCAAAUUGUGAUGACUCUGAGGAAUCUGUAGCGCCUGCUGACAAGUCUCUAGACUCGCUUGCAACACUUUAUUCUGUUCUGUUUGUUUGACAAAACAGGUUCUGUGAUGAACACAUUGUACAUGAUGGCUAUUUUUGUUUUAUUAACUAAACGGGACACAACAGUAUUUUCAGUAUAACCUUUGAUUUUAUAUGUACAAAUGUGUAUAUUUUCUUUGUGUAUUGGGUCUGGUGUCUUUUUUUUGCCGAUGUAGAACUCUUCUGACAAUGCAAGUCGAACUGUGUUGUCAUUAUGAAAGCACAUAUAGCUUUGAAUGCACAUUUUCUCCAGCUGGCCAAGAACAAUCCUUCUGAACUGUUAAGAAAUAGUUGUAUUUCAACUUCUACUUUUGUAAUGUGAUUUUUAUUGGGGUGGGGUGGGAUGGUUAAUAGGGAGACAUGAGCUUUAAAAAAAAAUCUAUAUGUAUAUUAUGAGUAUAUUUUUGCAAAGGCUGCAUUGUAUACGCUGUACAACAGACUUUUAUCAUUCUAAUCCAUUCUAUUAUAGUGGUGUGUGUGAAACUGCAACCAGCUCUUGAUAUAGGGAACCAUGAAGGCUGAAAAGUCUGAUUACGGAGUUGGAAUCAGUCAUCCUUGCACAAUCUUAAUGUUUACUGAAGGAUGACCGCAUGGGAAACUGAUCUCUGUUCAGUAGUAUACAAGCAUGCAAGAAUACUGUUAGCCGUUUCCACCUCCACGGUCGACCUUAUUUGUCUGCAUUGGGUUCAACAGACCUCUGGUUGUGUUUCACUGUGGAUAAAACUGUUGUUUCUUUGUCUUUUGAAGACAGUUUCUUUUGUUAAUAAUUUUCAAGUACAGUUUUGGUGUACAAUUACAGGUCUGUAUUUUCUAAACUGUGAUAAGGUACAGGAUAAAUAAAAACUUAAU